CCCUGGGCCAGGGCUGUUGGCUGUCAGAGUGCUAAUAGCAGAGAGAGCCUGGGUACUGGGUAGGAUUGCCUGGCUUACAGGAAUAGGUUCCAUUCCUCCAGUCCCAUUAAGCUGCCCUCUCCUGGCCUUGAUUUCUACCUCCCUGCCCUGAAGUCCUCUGUCUCCCAAGGUGGCCAUCAGACCCCUUCUGGGUGGCCGCUGCGUGCUCUCUCAGCAUGAACUGCAUCUCCGACUUCUUCACCUAUGAGACCACCAAGUCGGUGGUGGUGAAGAGCUGGACCAUUGGGAUCAUCAACCGCGCAGUGCAGCUUCUCAUCAUCUCCUACUUCGUGGGGUGGGUUUUUGUGCAUGAGAAGGCCUACCAAGUGCGGGACACUGCCAUUGAGUCUUCUGUGGUGACCAAGGUGAAGGGCUUCGGACGCUAUGCCAACAGGGUCAUGGAUGUGUCUGACUAUGUGACUCCACCACAGGGCACCUCUGUCUUUGUGAUCAUCACCAAGAUGAUCGUGACUGAAAACCAGAUGCAAGGAUUCUGCCCAGAGAGCGAGGAGAAAUACCACUGUGUGUCUGACAGCCAGUGUGGGCCUGAUCGCUUCCCGAGUGGGGGAAUUCUCACAGGCCGCUGCGUGAACUACAGCUCUGUGCUCCGGACCUGUGAGAUCCAGGGCUGGUGCCCCACGGAGGUGGAUACUGUGGAGAUGCCCGUCAUGAUGGAAGCUGAAAACUUCACUAUUUUCAUCAAGAACAGCAUCCGUUUCCCCCUCUUCAACUUUGAGAAGGGAAACCUCCUGCCCAAUCUGACAGCCGGGGACAUGAGGACCUGCCGGUUCCACCCUGAAAAGGCCCCCUUCUGCCCCAUCUUGCGGGUAGGGGACGUGGUCAAGUUUGCAGGGCAGGAUUUUGCCAAGAUAGCCCGCACGGGUGGAGUUCUGGGCAUCAAGAUCGGCUGGGUCUGCGAUUUGGACAAGGCCUGGGACCAGUGCAUCCCCAAAUAUUCCUUCACACGGCUCGAUAGUGUUUCUGAGAAGAGCAGUGUCUCCCCUGGCUACAACUUCAGAUUUGCCAAGUACUACAAGAUGGAGAACGGCACCGAAUACCGCACGCUCCUAAAGGCUUUUGGCAUCCGCUUCGAUGUGCUGGUUUAUGGGAACGCCGGCAAGUUCAAUAUCAUCCCCACCAUCAUCAGCUCCGUGGCAGCCUUCACUUCUGUGGGAGUGGGGACCGUUCUCUGUGACAUCAUCCUGCUCAACUUCCUCAAGGGGGCCGAUCAGUACAAAGCCAGGAAGUUUGAGGAGGUGAACGAGACAACACUGAAGGUCACUACCCCAGUGGGCCCCAGGGACCUGGCCACUGAGGAGAAGCAAUCCACAGACUCGGGCGCCUACUCCAUCGGUCACUAGGGCCUGGCUAGGGCCCAGAACUCACCCUUAGGCUCCAGAUCUCCCAACAGGGGAACCCUACCUGGGCAAAGUGGGGAGAGGGAGGAAAAAGAGGGGCUCUUAUUUCCUGUGGCUCACCCCUAGGCCACAGAUAAGACACAGUUGGCUGGGUCCCAUUGCUCCAGGAGAAGGUAAUUCUGCCUAUACUAUGCCCUGAAUUGUCACCUUCACCCCUUGCAUGCCCCAUCUGCUUCCUGGGACCCUCCCCCCCCCCCCAGGGAAGCAGCAACCAAGUUAGCUCCCUCCCAAAGAUGAUAUAGAUGAUAAUUGUAGUCCCAUGAUGGCCCACUAAGUGCCAUGCACUUUAAUAUGCACUAUCUCCGUUAAUCCUUAGAAGAAUCCUAUGAGGUAGAUACCCAUUCCCCCAUUUUGAAGCUAAGCUGAGGCUCAGUUGGAAGAAGAUGGAAUCAUUCAGCCCAGAAAGGGAGAAAGCUGGGAUCUGAACCUAGGUCUGACUUUACCCAUACCCAUGAAGGAACAGUGAAUCCUCUGAGUAUGUGCUCUGUUACCCUGCCCUGUCUCCCUGCCCACGAUUAGGACAAUAAAGAGUAAAUCCAAGCUU